ACCUUAUGUGCAUGAAAUAUAAGCAUUGAUAGUAUCGGUCAAUAGCGUAUAGCCUUUGCCCAUGCACUUUGCAUAAUAACAGUGGAGUAUAGAGAUCCACGAGUGGACGCACCAACACUUCAAACCACUUCUUGCAAGGAACACUUAGCUUGUGACUGGAUCUUUCUCCGCAACCAACAAUGUCAAAGAAAGUGUUACUCAGUUACCAUUCCCAGUACGAAGAUCUUGCCAACCAGAUUUCCAAUGGAUUAUCCUCACGGGACAUCGACGUGUUGCUGGUGUCUGAAGACGUCCCCGCCACGCUAGCAGACAGAGAGCAGGCCGUGCAGUGGUGUGAUGUCUUCAUCACGUUGGCGUCGGUCAAGUACCAGAGGUCCGUCAGCUGCAUGGAGCUGCUUAACUACUCCCGGGAAAGGCGCAUGAAGAAACCUCUGGUCACCAUAGUAGGGCAACCAAAUUAUCGUCCGAACGGAGCAACGGGUGCUCUAUCCGUCUGCGGGCCAUACGUUGAGAACCACAUCGUAAGGGACUACCAAUUGAUAUGUUCGGUCAUUCAGAAUCAGCCGAGUUCGUCCAAGGGACCCAAGCCAGAUGUGUCGAAGUCCGGGAACGGUGCUGACCACUUGACUGGUGGUAGCGGCGUGUUCAUAUCUUAUCACGAAGACCUGAACCGCGGUUAUGUACAGUGGCUUUUGGGAUCUGUCCGAGGUAGUGCCACUCUUGGUGACCCAAAGGCUGACAACUCAUCUGCUAUAGACAAAUGCAAAGUGUUCAUUGCUUUGAUGAGUCCAGGAUUCCAGGAUUCACCAAAAUGUCAGAAAGAGUAUGACAGAGCUCGAUUGGGUAAGAAAAACAUCAUCCCAGUGAAAACGUCCAAAGACGUUCGUCCGUCAGGCUGGCUGGCUCUUGCGAUUGCUGGGAAACUGUACCACACACUCUUCGAUCGGGAGUCAGCAACCAAAGCUUUCUACGACAGCAAUCCAUUACGAGACUUCACCUACGCUGUCGGUUACAUGCUGGACUCUCAAUACACUCCGGAAGAAAGGGAGAAGCUACAAAUUGCCGCCAAACAAAAACAACUUGCAGAUGCCCAAGUAAAGAUCACGCAAGUCGGUGGAUCAUGGCCGCCAAAGAAACGUGCUCUGGAACCACAAACCAAACAAGUUCAGAUAUGCCCAGAGGACUUGGUCGUCGCUAAGACGGAGACACUUCCCAUGAACUAUAUCCACCACGAAGUUACGCGAAUGAGCUUCAAACCACCGGAGCCUGUUUUGGACCCACUGGGUGUCCCGAUUAUACGCAAGUUCGACUGCAUGAUAUCGUACCAGUGGGACAUCCAAACGUUCGUACGGGAUGUCUACCAGGAUCUCCACAUGCGCACUUUGACUGUUUGGAUGGAUAUCUAUGGGGAUAUGCAAGGCAACAUAAACGACGCUAUGUCAAACGGCAUUGAAAGCUCAAAGUGCAUCCUGUCGUUCCUCACUCAGAAAUAUUUGGAGUCUGCAAACUGUAACAUUGAGUUGCAGUAUGCAAUUCGAAGAAACAAGCCAAUAAUUUUCAUCGAAGUUGAACAGGGUUUACAGUUGCCGACCUGGGCACAGGAUAAGUUUAAUAACAGCUUGUGCUUUCAGAUGAGGAGCAUCCAAGACUGCGGCGUCAUGGUUGACGGUAUUCCCCGCAUCAAUAGGAUCUCUGAAGCGAUUCGCCGGGUCGUCCAGCUUACCAUCAAAGAGCAGCGGGAUGAGGAGAUGACAGAGGAGGUUUGGAACUUACACGGUCAAGUGGAGGACGCGCUGCAGGCAAUAAGUGAGCUUCAGGGAAAGGUCAGGUUCGAAACUUGCACCAGAUGCGGCGCCCAGUUUGACCAGAUCACAUCGGACGGCUGCAAGAAGCAUGGAGCCUACUACAUGGGAGGGACCAUCAUGGCCGGGAGGUGGGUGUGCUGCUCACAGCGCGAGAAGGCUGGGCUGGGCUGUGAGAAGACCAAACAUACAACUUCCGCAAGACGUUGGCAGGAAAUCCAAGGAGGAUGUCACAAGUGGAACCCAGCAUAAAUGCACCAUAACAAGAUACAUGUAAUUCAUAGUUCCUCAUGUGUGGACACGCGUACAUUGACUAUGAAUUUAAGGAGAACACUCAUUUAAUGGUCACACGUAUUCUUGUAUAUCGCGCCUUUCCGUGGUCAAUACCACGCUCAAAGCGCCCCUCUCCCCUUCCUUCGCUGGAAAAGUGCCACGGAAUUUAACUGAAUGCUUCGGUGCGACACGACAUUGAUAGAUGGCAGUCGUGUUAUCAUAUAUACACUACUUUCCAUAUAGGGACAUCCUACGAGGCCUCGUCCCUCGUCCCUCAGCUCCCCCUUCGGAAGAGAAGAGUAGGCCCUUGGAGUAGGCCUAUAUGAUGACAAAAUGGACUGCCACGGGAAACGAGUCGUUUUGAGUUUGUAAAGUUCGGGUUCAGGGGUUUUCUUCAAGAUAAUAAUAAUAAUAAUGAUAAUGAUAUCAGUAGUAAUGAUAAUAAUGCGGGCAGAGGGGCAAAUUCAUUGAUCUGGUCAUCAAGGCACAUUAUACGUCUCCCUCGGAUAUGGAACAAAAACACUCAUUUUCCCCCAAAAGCCUUUUAUUUUGCAGGAUGCGAGUUGUCUGAUCCUAAUGCUUUGUUUCUCCGCUCGACACCUACACAAAUACAUGUACGCCUCAUUUUUCAUCUCUGUUUAGUAAAGCUUAGUUUGAAACCGGAUAACAAAUUCAGCUUGGGAUUAUCAAAUCAAUAGUGAAUUGUGCAUCUUGUAAAGGUUACUCCUAACAACAUCUCCUUGGUAUCAAGUUCCUAUGUACUAGAUGAAGACGGAUGAGCAGCGUCGGCAGUUGCUACAAAGUGAUAGAGAUACAGCAGCGUUCUUAGAGAUGAAAACGGCUCGGAGAUAAAAAAACACCAUUUCAUCAUUAUUUUGACCUUUAAUUUGAAAUUAAGUGUCAUAGAUUAUUGAACUUGUUAAAGGCUAGAUUUUCACGAUUACAUCAAGUUCAUUUUGCCUCGGGAUGGACAAAAUAAUAAUAAAUUAAUAAUAACAUAAUAAAUUGGAACUUCAGUGUUUCGCUAGAGUUUCAAUAGCCUAUUAAUUGAUAUUUGGCUCCACAGUUCAAAUUAUAUCUAAUUUUAGAAUCUGGUCAGCGUAUUUCGUAUGGCUGAAAAGCUUAUAAACAUUGUAUGUCAUAGUUUUGUAUCAAUUCUUGUUGCAGAUAGCGAGUUAUCUGAUUCUUUGAUGCAUGUUCGUCUCUGGAACAAGGCGUACAAGUAAGGAUCAUCGGACAAUCCGUUGUUUGUGCAAAUUUAAUCAUUUUGAAUGACAUCGAACGAUCAUGCCCACAAUUAUACCUCCCAUUUAUUGAUCAUAGAUGAAACUAGGGUUACUCAAUGAGAGCCUGUUGUAUGAUUCAAAACACUUUCUAGGAGGUCACAGAUGAGACUUAUGAUGCAACUCAUUGCCUGAUCUAUGCCCCUUUUAAAAAUCUUUCACAGUAAAUGUAUCUUCAUAUUAUACUGACUAUUGACAUGCUGUACAUGUUGUCCACCGGUUAUUAAAAACUUGUCCAGUAUAAAUGAAAAGUCGCAAGUUCCAAAUUUGGAAAUCAUUCUUAGAUACAAAUGGCUAUCUAACUAACAAGCAAAUUUGUGUUCGAAAACAAUUAGUAAUGACACUGAGUGUGUGAGCAAAGUGUCAUAGGAGAUGGUAAGGGGAACUCCAUCUAAGUAAGAAUACACCGAGCUAUAGCAAUGUAAAAGAAGACGGUCUAUUGUCUGAGCGGGAUAACAAAAGAUGUCACAUCCCAGAUGAAUCGUGUAGGCUGGGAAACGAAUAAGACGGUGAUGCUUCCAUUAGAGAAAAAACAACAGCAGCUCAUCAUAGUAGCGAGUAUUAAACUAUGACGGAUAUACGGUCAUCCGGACUGGAAUCCACCCUUCAAAAUGAGCGAACGAAAAACACUGCAGAAUAAGCAAACAGAGCCGGAAGGCAGGGAAGCAGUGGAGCACAGCUAUAGCCUUAAAAAGGAUCCGACGAGGGACGAGCACCCAUGAACUUAAGUAGACGUUUGAACAGUUGCGUGAUAUCGAUCACCCAAAGAAAACAUAAGUUCCAAUUUGGCCUUGAUGCAAUUCCUUUAACAUUUGAAACAAUAAUGGCAUGUUAUGAAUAUAUAUAUUGAUUCUGUUUGCCUGCAACGUAAAAAAUCAUCCAAAUUCCCCGGUUUUGUAAGCCUGUAACCCUGGAUUACAUCGGACCAUGUUUCCGUUCAAGCAAGUGGAAAAGGCAAUAUUUUGAAAGUAUGGUAUCGAUUAAUCAAUGUUGGAUAUUCAU